AUGUCCUUGAUUUCUGUCUUUGACCCUUUCAACAACAACAUCGACCCGCCUCUGCGCCCUCUACACCUUGCCAUUAUGGCAACCUCAAGAGAUGCCCCUAACCCACUCCGGCCUUACUACAUUCCUCCAUCCAUCGGACCUCCGCCGGACCAACUCGCCAGCAGCAGUUCCGUAACCAGUCGCCCUUCAUACCCAUCUUCGUCAAAGAAAGCAAGCUUCGGCAGUACUGCGCGGGAUUACUUAUCAGAUAUUGACUAUGGCGAUUAUCUCUCGGAUUCAUCGCCCAGUCUUGCAGAGAUGGCCAAAAAAUUAAUGGACCAGGCCUUGUGGAGCUACACGACAGUCCUGCUCGCACAGCCAUUCGAAGUCGCAAAGACAAUACUGCAGGUCCACAUGGCGUCCUCGCAGGACCCAGCUACGACAGCUGUAGCGUCUGCGAACGAGGGUGAAAAAAGUCGGCCAAGCAGCUAUGCGAGCGGGAAGUUUCAGGAUUACCCUUCUGACGAAGACGACUCCGAUGCGGACUCACCCAGCUAUUUCACAUCCACUGCCCCGACCUCGAGUAGUCAUUCGAGGAGUCCGGAAAGGAGUAGACAACAGCUCCACAAUCGAUCACACUCUUCGACACCGACGCCCGGAAGCACAAAUUUGAGGACUUCUAACAAGCUGGAAUUGAAGAAAAACGACUCUUUGUUUGAGGUAUUAUCGCAGCUUUGGCAGAAAGAGAGCGUAUUUGGUGUCUGGAGAGGGACCAACGCAACUUUUGUUUACAACUUUCUGCUCAAGACUAUUGAAAGCUGGACACGGAGUAUGCUCUCCGCACUACUCAACGUACCUGACCCCGGACUCCAUGGAAGCUUCGGAUCAGGCAUCGGGGGACUGGACGUAGUAGAUAGUCCAAAUCCUUUCUUUAGUUUAGCUGUAGCCGUAGCCGCCGCAGGCGUUGCAGGCUUUGUCCUCGCACCCUUGGACCUUAUAAAGACACGCAUCAUCCUUACACCAUCUUCGGUCACGCCACGAAGAAUCGUUCAAUCUCUCAUGUCCCUCCCAUCACUCUCACUUCCGACCAGUAUCCUACCUAUCACACUCCUCCACAGCACGCUACCGACUCUGUUCUCUGCCAGCACACCGAUGUUCCUCCGCUCAAUGCUAAGCAUAGACCCCGUUCUGACACCAUCAGCAUACUCAAUUUCCACAUUCCUGUCUUCAUCUGCUGAGCUGUUUCUGCGCCUACCACUCGAGACUGUUCUCCGCCGCGGCCAAGUCCAAGUACUGAGGGACGGGGAACACGAACGGGAGCGCCUGCAUUACGUCGAAAUGCGCCGACAGAGAGAUGGCUCCGAGAAGUUCAAAACCCUCGUCGAGACUGGGCCUUACAAAGGUGUGUUGGGUACCAUGUGGUUUAUUGCUCGGGAAGAGGGUAUUACUGUUACAGGACCUAGAGGUGCGACCUCAUCGCAAGGGUACAACCGUGCGUUCGGUCGAAUGAAAAAGGGUCAAGGUGUGACGGGUCUGUGGCGAGGCUGGAGAGUAGGAUUCUGGGGUAUCGUGGGUGUAUGGGGUGCUGCAGCAUUCGGAAGUAACGCGGGUGGAGAAUUUUAA